GUCGCGUCCUCGUAGAUGGGACCGGAGAUUCCAAUCCCGGUGGAGAAAAGAAGUGAGGGAGCACUGAAAUCCGCCACCCCCCCGGCCCAGCGCAAGCGCGACAGCGCGUGCGAGAGAGAGAUAGAGAGAGUGUGUUUCAGAUUAGGAAAUUCAGAUUGCAUCAGAGAGAUUAGAUCGGCAUGGGACUCGGAUGAUUGAGCUUGUGGGAAGAUCUGAAGCUGUGGAAACAUUCAAACCAUAAUGGAAGGUGGAUCCCCUGACCAGGAAUCAGUGGGGUCUGGGACAAAGAGAUCUAGCAUAUCAUCUACUAGGCCUCAUGAUCAGAAAGAGUUUCUCCAUAAAUUUGUGGACUGUGAUAUAUUGACAGCAAAGCUUGAAGAUUGGUUUGGAUCAAUAUCAGACAAAAGGCCUGAAUUUGAUGUCCCUUUCGAGUUAAUAGAACUUCAAAAAUUUGAUUAUGCACUGGAAAGCAUUUCAUUUCAACAGCUGAUUCGGAUGCCCAGUGCUGUUUAUGCUUCAACAUCUGAUGCUGUUCAAGCAACUGCUUAUCUUGCUGUAGAAGAUUUUCUACAUGCUAGUGUGAAGGGCUUGUGGGAGGCAUUUUGGAGUCAAGAUGAGCCCAUGCCUUUCUCUGUUGCCUGUUUAUGCGGUGCAAGCUCAAAAUUCUAUCAGGCCGAGAAGGCAAUAGCUAAUGGGAAACUUGGAGAUCUUUGUGCCACAUCUAUAAUGCUAAAGAACUCUAGACAUUCAUAUGGAAGGUGGGACCACAUUCUGGAACUAGCUCUUUUGAGGCCUGAUAUUCUUGCUGUGGAGACUAGUAGGCAGCCUUCUCUGUCUGUUCUAGGUGAAGCCAUUUUUUUUGCUGUUCGUGUAUUAUUGUCAAGAAGCAUGAGCAGAUUAAAUGUACUUCAGAGUUCAAAUUGUGUCUUUGUUCUUCUUGUUGAUUCUCAAUAUGGUGGGGUGGUAAAAGUUGAAGGAGAUGUGAAUAAAUUGAAUUUUGAUGUGAAUAAUGUUUAUGGAUGUGCCACUGAAUGGAUUAAAAAUCAUUCACGAAUUGCAGUGUCUCCCAUUGAUAGAAUCUGGAACAAGCUUGGAAAUGCUAACUGGGGAGAUAUUGGUGCCCUACAGGCACUUUUUGCAACCUUCCAUUGUAUCAUGCAAUUUGCUGGAAUGCCAAAGCAUUCAGUUGAAGAUUUAGCUGCAGAUCAUAGUUCUCGUCUUCAAACAAGAAGGAUGGAAAGGCAGUUAGGCGACUCCAGGGUGAAUGGGAAUGGUUUAUUUAGGUUCCAGCGGAGCAGUGUUUCCCCUGAAAUUGUUGAGGUUCAGAAUGAGCCUAUCAAAAUUGAGCCUGAAGAGGCAAUGAAGCUAGAAGUAGGUACUGUUUUAUGGGUGGAUGAUUCAAAUUGGCAAAAAGGUUAUCAGAUUAAUGAAGUCCUGAGUGAUGGUGAAAUUGCAAUUUACAUUGCAUCUCCUGCAGAUGAUCCAGGAAAGGCUUUGUUUUUAUAUGUUGGUUCUCAUCCCUCUCAACUGGAACCAGCAUGGGAAGAUAUGAACUUGUGGUAUCAAGUUCAGAGGCAGACUAAGGUAUUGACUAUUAUGAGGCAGAAAGGUCUUUCUAGCAAAUAUCUGCCUCAGUUAACUGCAUCUGGUAGGUUAAUUCACCCUGGUCACUGUCGAAGGCCAAGCUCAGGUGGAAAGUGUGACCACCCUUGGUGUGGGACCCCAGUUCUAGUGACUAGCCCAGUUGGUAAAACAGUUGCGGACAUGGUAAGUGGGGGCCAAUUUGGUAUGAAUGAGGCUAUCAGAUGUUGCCAUGAUUGCUUAUCAGCACUCUCAAUUGCUGCCUCUGCAGGAAUUCGACAUGGAGACGUACGGCCGGAGAACGUAAUUUGUGUAAGUUCCAGUAUAAGGGCUCCUUAUUUUGUCCUUAUUGGUUGGGGGCAUGCUAUUCUUGAAGAGAGGGAUCGACCAGCAAUGAAUCUGCAUUUUUCGUCAACUUAUGCUCUACAGGAAGGUAAGCUGUGCUCGGCUUCAGAUGCUGAAAGCCUGGUUUAUUUGCUGUAUUUUUCUUGUGGUGGGGUUUUGCCUGACUUGGAUUCAGUUGAGGGAGCACUGCAGUGGAGAGAGACCUCUUGGUCAAGGAGAUUGAUCCAGCAGAAGCUUGGGGAUGUUUCAACCUUACUGAAAGCAUUUGCUGAUUACGUUGAUAGUUUAUGUGGGACGCCAUAUCCGAUGGACUACAAGAUAUGGCUAAGAAGGUUGCGGAGAAAUAUUCAGGAAGAUGAUCAUGGGAAGGAAAUAGAUAUAUCAGGCUAGGGCUUUUUCCAACAGCUACAUUGGCAGUACAACACAUGAUUGUUUGGAUGUUAUUGCUUCCUGAGACUGGACAUGUAUUUUUGGGAAAUCUCUAUUGCUUCAAACCAAUUAUUUAAGAUAUUGGGUGUUUCUUGGGGGCAACUGUUUUCAUAUUCUUCUGAGAUGGUUGGCUUGCAUCCCAUAGAGCAUCUGAUUGAUGAUUGUUCUUUCUUAUAGGUUGGAGUAUUGGACUGUUCCUAUUUUCCCUGAGGGCUUUGAAUUGCUUGGAUUCUGCAGACAUAAGCAAUGCUGUUGGGGUUUUUAAAAUAUGACUUUAGUGUGGUCCAUCACUUGAUUUCUUCAAAUCCCAUGUCUAUUUUUGUGUGCAGUCCACCUGUCCUCGAGGAUCUAAAAGUUUCUUCUGCACAUAUGGGGGUUCAUGUGCAUGUAUGUUGUGUCAAUUAUUGUCAUUUUCUUGUAAAGAUAUGAGCUCUUCAGAUUUCCUUCCUUCCUUCGUGUAAUUGGUUGCUCUGGAACUGAGGCUAACGGAUUCUAGGAAGUGGUCUAUUGGGUCUAAGGCAUUCUCCUUUUCUUGUAAAUGGAUCGUUUAUUUUGAAUGUCUGUAGGGUAUUUCAUUAUAUUUUCUGAACAGGCAAUUGGUGAAUCAUAUGACCUCUCUCUCUCUC